AUGGACAAACAACCUGAUGCGCAGGGGGCGGAGAAGGUUGCUGAGGAGAAGCAACUUGAUGAGAAAGAGUUAGAAAGGAAGCUGAAAAAAGAUCAAAAGGCAAAAGAGAAAGAAGAGAAAAAACUUAAGGCAAAACAAAAGGAGGCGGCUAGGCUCCAGGCACAAGCAACCUCAGAUGGAACAAAGAAGACCGAGAAAAAACAAAGGAAGAAAGCUGUGGAGGAUGAAAAUCUGCAGGAUUUCAUAGGCCCAGACACUCCAAAUGGGCAGAAGAAAUUGCUCGCAUCUCAGAUGGCCAAGCAAUACAGUCCAAGUGCAGUUGAGAGAUCAUGGUAUGCCUGGUGGGAAUCAUCCGGAUAUUUUGGGGCAGAUCCUGCAAGCACAAAACCACCAUUUGUUAUAGUUCUGCCACCUCCAAAUGUGACUGGAGCUCUUCACAUCGGCCAUGCACUUACAGUGGCUAUAGAGGAUGCUAUGAUACGCUGGCGUAGGAUGUCAGGCUACAAUGCUCUGUGGGUCCCUGGAGUGGACCAUGCUGGCAUUGCUACACAGGUUGUUGUAGAAAAGAAGCUUAUGCGUGAAAGGAAGCUGACAAGGCAUGACAUAGGGCGUGAAAAAUUUGUUUCUGAAGUACUCAAAUGGAAAGAUCAAUAUGGUGGUACCAUAUUGAAUCAAUUGCGCCGGCUUGGGGCUUCACUUGAUUGGUCCCGUGAGGCUUUUACAAUGGAUGAGCAAAGAUCAAAAGCCGUAACUGAAGCUUUUGUCAGGUUACACAAGGAAGGCCUGAUAUAUAGAGAUUAUCGCCUUGUCAAUUGGGAUUGCACACUUCGAACUGCAAUUUCUGACAUUGAGGUUGAUCAUAUUGAUCUUAAAGAAGAAACUAUGUUAAAGGUCCCUGGUUAUGCCAAUCCUGUACAGUUUGGUGUAUUGAUAUCUUUUGCCUAUCCUCUUGAGGAAGGACUUGGUGAGAUUGUUGUAGCAACCACCAGAAUAGAAACAAUGCUGGGUGAUACAGCAAUAGCUGUUCACCCUGAGGACGAAAGGUAUAAGCAUCUGCAUGGAAGAUAUGCAGUCCACCCCUUCAAUGGACGAAAACUCAAAAUAAUCUGUGAUGCUGAGUUAGUUGAUCCCACUUUUGGUACUGGGGCUGUCAAGAUUACUCCUGCCCAUGAUCCAAAUGACUUUGAGGUUGGAAAGCGUCAUAACCUUGAAUUCAUCAAUAUAUUCACAGAUGAUGGAAAAAUAAAUAGCAAUGGAGGUGCACAAUUCGAUGGAAUGCCAAGAUUUGCCGCUCGUGUUGCUGUUAUUGAGGCACUGAAGGAAAAGGGGUUGUAUAAGGACACAAAGAAGAAUGAAAUGAGUUUGGGCGUUUGUUCAAGAACUAAUGAUGUAGUGGAACCUAUGAUAAAACCACAGUGGUUUGUUAAUUGCAGCACCAUGGCCAAGGCAGGCCUUGAUGCUGUAAGGUCAAAAAAGAUUGAAAUUAUUCCCCAGCAGUAUGAGCAAGACUGGUACAGAUGGCUUGAAAAUAUACGUGAUUGGUGUAUCUCGAGGCAACUUUGGUGGGGACAUCGUGUACCUGCAUGGUAUGUGACACUAGAAGAUGACCUGGAUAAAAACCUUGGUUCCAACAAUGACCGCUGGAUAGUCGCAAGAAAUGAAAGCGAUGCAAAUCUUGAGGCACAGAAAAAGUAUCCAGGAACGAAAUUAUGUCUAGAUCAAGACCCUGAUGUGCUGGACACAUGGUUUUCAUCUGGUCUUUUCCCCUUAACAGUACUUGGUUGGCCGUCUGAUACCGCUGACCUCCGUGCUUUCUACCCUACAUCGGUACUAGAAACUGGACUUGAUAUUCUCUUCUUUUGGGUAGCAAGGAUGGUGAUGAUGGGAAUGCAACUUGGUGGUGAUGUGCCAUUUCAGAAGGUUUAUUUACAUCCUAUGAUUCGGGAUGCACAUGGCCGAAAGAUGUCAAAGUCACUUGGUAACGUUGUUGACCCUCUUGAGGUGAUAAAUGGCAUGUCACUGGAUGGUCUUCUGAAACGUUUGGAAGAAGGCAAUCUGGAUCCAAAUGAACUAAACAUCGCAAGAGAUGGGAAGAAGAAGGAUUUCCCUGAUGGCAUAGCAGAAUGUGGUACCGAUGCCCUCCGCUUCGCACUGAUAUCGUACACUUCCCAGUCUGACAGGAUAAAUCUUGAUAUCAAGAGGGUGGUUGGAUACAGACAAUGGUGCAACAAAUUAUGGAAUGCCAUCCGUUUUGCGAUGGGCAAACUGGGUGAUCAUUACAUUCCGCCGGCAACUGUUGAUGUGUCUCUUAUGCCACCAAUCUGCAAGUGGAUACUCUCAGUGCUUAACAAGGCCGUUGGGAAAACCGUUACUUCUUUAGAAGCAUACAAAUUGUCUGAUGCAACAUCUGCUAUAUACUCGUGGUGGCAGUAUCAGCUAUGCGAUGUAUUUAUAGAAGCUAUCAAACCUUACUUCUUCAACGAUUCUCAAGAGUUUGAAUCAGCAAGAGCUGCCUCCAGAGAUACCCUGUGGAUUUGCCUGGAGACUGGUCUGCGCCUGCUCCACCCAUUCAUGCCCUAUGUAACAGAAGAGCUCUGGCAGCGUCUUCCACAGCCCAAAGAUUCUUGCAGGAAAGAUUCGAUUAUGAUUUCAGAGUAUCCAUCUCUUGUUGAGGAAUGGAGUAAUGGCGGACUUGAAAAUGAAAUGGACAUUGUCUUGGAUGCUGUGAACAAAAUAAGGUCUCUGAAGCCACCAACAGAUUCAAACGAAAGACGUCCUGCUUUUGCACUUUGCCGAGGGCAAGAGAUCGCAGCCACUAUCCAAUGCUAUCAAUCUCUAAUCGUGUUUCUUUCUUCCAUAUCACAUCUCAAGAUCCUGACGGAGAACGAUGAAACUCCAGCUGAUUGUGCAACUGCUGUUGUCAACAAAGACUUGUCUGUGUACCUUCAGCUCCAAGGAGCUUUAAAUGCAGAUGCUGAACGUGAAAAGCUAAGGAAGAAAAAAGACGAAAUUCAAAAGCUACAAAAUGCACUGGCACAAAAAAUGGACGCCUCUGGCUAUCGCGAGAAGGCUCCACAGAGCGUGCAGGAAGAGGACAUGAGAAAGCUCACCGCUUUGUUGGAACAACUAGAGGUCAUCAGUGAAGCUGAGAAGAAAUUAGAUGCAAACUGA